AUGUUGGACUUCGAUAGAAACUCCGACGAGUUGAUUUCAGACGGUUUUAAUUCCAGCAAAACCUCCAUGAGUAGCGACACUACCAUCAGUCAUUGCACUAGUUUUAGCCGAUUAUCUUUGGAUCUGCCGACGAUCUCGCCUGAAAAUCUUCUUACCCUGAAACCCCACCGAUCAUCGGACUGUUCAUUCCAAGCCAUUCGCUCAAAGACAGGGUUGAGCUUCAGGGACUUCAGUUUGGUCCGCCAGAUCGGAAGCGGUGACAUAGGUAAAGUAUAUCUCUGCCAUCUCCGCGGCGGGGCGGAGGAGGGGCGACUCUAUGCCAUGAAAGUAGUCGAUAAUGAAGUUUUGGCAUUGAAGAAAAAAUCCCAGAGAGCUGAAACUGAAAGAAACAUCAUGAGAAUGCUUGACCAUCCCUUUUUGCCUACUCUUUAUGCAGAAUUUGAAGCCUCCCAUUUUUCCUGUGUUGUCAUGGAAUACUGUUCUGGGGGUGAUUUGCAUUCCAUUAGGCACAAACAGCCUCAACAACGCUUCUCUCUCACUUCAGCUAGGUUUUAUGCUGCUGAGGUAUUGGUAGCACUGGAAUACCUCCACAUGUUGGGAAUCAUCUACAGGGACUUGAAGCCAGAAAAUGUGUUGGUUAGAUCAGACGGUCACAUUAUGCUCACUGAUUUUGAUCUUUCCCUUUGCUCGGAUUCAAUCCCAGCCAUUGAAUCGCCUGACUUUUCCUCCGUAGACUCACCGUCCUCGCCAACAGCCCGUACAAUCACGCCAUUCUCCUGCAUUUCCGAUCGGCUGUUCCGGUCAAAGAAGAUCCAGUCUUUUUCCAACAACCGGUUGUUCGUGGCGGAGCCAGUCGCCGCCCGGUCUUGUUCCUUCGUUGGGACCCACGAAUAUGUGUCGCCUGAAGUUGCCUCCGGCAGGUCCCAUGGCAAUGCCGUGGACUGGUGGGCCCUUGGCAUCUUUAUAUACGAAAUGAUAUAUGGAAGAACCCCAUUUGCGGGUGUAUCGAAUUCGGCCACACUGCGUGACAUUGUCAAAAUGCCCUUAACUUUCCCCACAGGCUCGCCGUGCAGUGUGAGUGAAAUGUACGCUCGUGACUUGAUAUCCCAGUUACUCAACAAGGACCCGAAUAGAAGACUCGGGUCGAAACGCGGGGCGGCUGAUGUCAAGAUCCACCCGUUUUUUAAGGACUUGAAUUUCGCGCUGAUUCGAUCCGUAACGCCACCGGGAUUACCUGGAAUCUGGAAGCAGAGAACGACGACGUCAACAUAUGAGAAGAAUUUGAGACAGCAACCGGCCCCAUUUGACAUAUUCUGA